AUGCUUGCUCCCUUCUUUGGUGAGCUGGACAAGAUUGCGCCCUCCUUCCAGAUUGAUGGCUCCGAGAUCCGCAUCCUAAAAACGCCGAGCGACUUCUACGAAACCCUCAAGCUCAAGAUCCGAGGCGCGCAACGCAGAAUAUUCCUGUCGACCCUCUAUAUUGGCAAGAGCGAGAAAGAGUUGAUCGCGACGCUGCAGGAGACCCUUCGCGCCAAGCCAGCUGUAAAGCUCUCCAUCCUUACCGAUGCUCUUCGCGGGACCCGUGAGGCUCCCGACCCCUCCUGCGCAUCUCUCCUGGCGCCCCUGGUGGACGAGUUUGGGCCGGAGCGAGUCGAGAUCCGCAUGUACCACACACCCAACCUGACCGGCCUGCGCAAAAGGCAUGUCCCAAAGCGAAUAAACGAGGGUUGGGGCCUACAACACAUGAAGCUCUACGGCGUGGAUGACGAGAUCAUACUCUCCGGAGCAAACCUCUCGACCGACUACUUUACCAACCGCCAAGAUCGCUACCAUCUUUUCUCCUCCAAAGACAUCACCGACUUUUUUUGGAGCCUGCAUCGAGCCGUCUCGUCCCUCAGCUUCCUGGUACAGCCUGCCGACUCUCUCCCGGCAGGCUUCGAGAUGGUAUGGCCGGCGACCAACUUCGCUCCGUCACCAUUGGACGAUCCCGAGAAGUUUGUGGCCAGCUCUACGAAGCUGAUCAAUGGCCUGAUCCAGCCCAAGACUGGCGGGCCACGGCAUGGGAGCCUCGAGGAAAGCCAUGCACGAGAUACUCGCAUCUAUGUUCUCGCCCAAAUGUCCCAGCUAUUAGCACCAGACACGUCGACCGAGCUGCCUGCCAUCACCCACGUUCUCAAGACGCUUGCGUCGCCCCAAUUCCAGCACUCGUCUUGGACUUUCACGGCGGGCUACUUCAACCCUGCGCCGUCACUCACAAAGCUCCUUCUCUCGACGGCCUCCCACAAUAACACGGUGAUCACGGCCUCGCCCUAUGCCAAUGGCUUCUACCAAUCUCCUGGUGUCUCUGGUCUGCUUCCAGACGCCUACACAUUCCUCGCCCAUAGGUUCCUCAAAGCAGUCCAUCAGCACAAGCGCGACUCGUCGAUAACGCUGAAAGAGUGGCGCAAUGGGACUGUAGGCGAGGCGGAUGGCUGGACUUACCACGCCAAGGGACUCUGGGUUACUCUGCCAGGAGAAAAGGCCCCGUCCAUCAGCCUCGUCGGGAGCUCCAACUACACGAAGAGGAGCUACUCUCUCGACUUGGAGGCGAAUGCUCUCAUCGUCACGCGCAACGAGCAGCUCAGCAAGCGAUUAGCCGAGGAGCAACAGUGGCUGCAGGACCACGCCAAGCCGAUCACACGAGAUGACUUUGCUCAGAAUGACAGACGCGUCAGUUUCAAGGUGCGCCUUGCCAUGUGGGUUGUGCAGCUCGUCGGCGGUGCUCUCUGA